AUGAGGACGGGAAGGAGCCGAAGGUUUGAGCGAUCCACGAGGGACAGGCGUUCUCAAGGCUCGCCUUUCUACCGUCUUUGGCCGAGAGAUACCGGUUUCAACUUACCGGGACCAGCUUCACAACUGGAGGGCCCUGACUCAAGGACAACGGGAUGA